AUGACUUCUUUGCCCUCCCUCCCAGUGAAGCACAACGACUUUGUGAAGUAUGUCAACUCCAACCCGGAGAGGCCCAUGAGUGAUUUGGUUCAGCCAUAUAACGAGUACGAUGCCGUUUUACGCAAGACAUUUGCUCAAGAUCCAUCUCAUACAUCAAUCCAAGAUAACUACGUCAACGUUGUGCCGCUGUACGACCAGAACGGUUCCACAAAUCUUUCCAUUCGAGCUCGGGACCUUGCGUCAGAAACGCCAGAGCAAACAGAGAAGUAUCUUUUGCCCCUGAGUAAAAAAGACCGAAAGCAACAUGGGGCUACGGCAGUUGUACCCUCUCUGAAUGAGUUCCAGAACAACUUUGCGCUCUUCACAGAGGGCUCAUUGAGUGAAAUCGACUGGUCCAACAUUGUUGCUGCUGGCAGCGCUGUCACGACCUCCCUUUUGCCAGUGCCAGAGAAGUAUCGCAACUCAAAGCGUGGCCUUCGCAAGUACUACCAUGAAGAGUUUGCUCCGGCGUCGGAUGUGGAUCUCUUCUUGUAUGGUCUAAACGAGGAGCAAGCUCUUGAGAAGAUCAUGCACAUUGAGGAUAAGAUCAAGAACUCUAUCCUCUAUGAGACCACAACCAUCAGGACCAAGAAUACAAUCACCAUUGUUUCUCAGUAUCCAACCCGCCAUGUGCAAAUCGUGCUUCGCAUCUACCGCUCAGUCGCUGAGAUUCUCACCGGCUUUGACGUGGAUGUUUCGUGCGCGGCAUAUAAUGGUCACCAGGUCUAUACCUCUCCACGCGCAAUCGCUGCGUACAUCACACAGGCGAAUCAGAUUGAUCUAACCCGAAGAUCACCUUCAUAUGAGAAUCGUCUCUCCAAGUAUUCGCGCCGUGGAUUCGAGGUUUUCUGGCCUGCUCUUGACAGAUCAAAGAUUGACCCGACUAUAUUUGAGAGAAGCUUUACCAGAACCGAAGGGCUUGCACGACUUCUGGUAUUGGAAAAACUUCCUCGGUCUCAAGACCGGGACAACUAUCUCCAAAAGAGGCGCGAGGAGCGAGGUCGACCUGCUCUAAGUUUGUAUGCGCAGCGUCGUCAUGGAAAGAUGUUAUAUGGCAAUAUCAAGGACGACUGGGAAGAUGAGGUGCCUGAUUGGCAAGAACAAGACCAAACUAUUCCUUACGGUCGGAAAUUCAACGCUAGGAAUAUUGAGAAGCUGCUUUACACCAAAGAUCUGUUGCUGAACGCCCAAUGGAACCAGUCCAAAGAGCGUACAGUUUACCUUCAUCGUCAUCCAGCAUUCUUUGGCGAAGCAGAACAUGUUAUUGGCGACUGCUGUGGCUUCUGCCCCAACCCUGCUACCGAGGAGGAAGUCAAGGUAGCCGAAGAGGAGGCCAAGAUGUAUAUCUCUGGUCAUGUUACUUUCAUCAAAGAUGAUCCCGGUCGCCAGGAGAUUGGAAGUUUUCAUCCGAUUACUGAGACUGAUUGGACCGAAAUGGCUUACGUCGGCCGCACCGAAAGACUUUGCCAGGCAAUCGUGGCGAACGAUACUGAAUCUGUCAAAGCUUUCCUUGCAGAGGCGGGUACCAACCCGGAUCGUCGUGACUACACUGGACGGACACCACUCCAACUCGCGUGCAUGUGCUCGACUCCUGAAGUCGUGCAAUGCCUUGUUGACGGUGGCGCUCGCAUGAUUCCCCGUAUGGCUGAUGGAAAGACCGCGCUUCAUCUUGCCGCCGCUCGGGGACAUGUCGAGAUAAUUCGAAUUCUACUCACAAAGAGCAAUGAGAACGAGGAAGAAGAAGCGAAGAAGCAGGACGCUCUGAAAAAGAACGCCAAGUCAGAGACCAAACCUAACACGGAGGAGGAUGAAGAUAUUGAUAUGAUUGACCAAGCCGAUGCCAUGUCUCACACCUCUGCCUCUUAUGUCAAAGUCGACUUUGAAGAGAAGAAUGAUCUGACCACGUACGAUACGCUCGAGGAGAACGAACUUGAGCCGGAUGUCUACGACAUCAAUAUUGUUGCAUGGGAUAGCAGGACGGCUCCUUUGCACCUCGCCAUUCUCCAUGGUCACACUGAGGCCGUGAAAGAGCUUGUCACAUCUUUCGGUGCCGAUGUUUUGAUGCCAAUCAAAAUUAUGAACGAGCACAAUAGAACACCCCUGGCUGCAAUUCUCAACCUGGUUCUCAUCCAUGCUCUCCCAUUCGAGAAAGCAAAGGAGAUGUCCCAGACACUUCUCGACCUCGGCGCUUCACCCGCCCAAGCAGACCUCAAGCAGAAGACACCGCUUUAUUACCUUGCUCAUUCCGACAAGUUUGACCUUCUUGAUAUCUACAUGCAGCAUGAUGAGCCGGCCGUAAAGAGGGCAAUCAAUCAUCUGGCAGUUGAGGGCGGGUCCUGGAGACCGGACUUCUCAUCGGUCUUGAUGGCCGCUAUAACUGCGAGGAACGCCCCCGCAGCAGCCAAGCUGUUGGAUACAGGUGCUCAUCAGGAGAUUGACCUCAGUGACAUUGUGAAGUCUAUUACGGAAUCUAGAGGAGUCCAAUCCUACGGCAGCUACUACGGUAGCCAGGACAUUGAAGAAGACGCAAAGUCCGCUGUGAAGCAGCCAAUCUUGCUGGCUAUUGAGAAUGAUCUCCCUCUGGUCGCAAUUGAUCUGCUUAAUCGCGGGGUGAACCCCAACAGUUUUAGUACUCAACUCAAGGAGAGAUAUCAAGAGAAAGGUCAAACGGUAUUGGACGUCAUGCGUCAAACUUUGAAAACGCUCCGUGACUUCUUGGUAGAAGACAAGUGCCAAUCCUCUCGUCAUUCCAUCUCAACGCCAGUGGACCCAAAUGACGAGACAUAUCUGUCGGAGUUCCAAUCUGGUAGUUACAAAGGGUUCACUGCAAAGAAUCUGCUCCGCAACCUGCGCAAGAAGAAUCGAGAGGUCGAAGAACAAGCUAAGAAGUGUCAAGACAAGGCUCCUGAUCCCAUUGGCUUGGUCGAGAAGAAGGCGUUCAUUGCGGAUUUGAUUCGCGACUACGAGAAGCUGGAGUUUGUUCUGCUGGAAAAAGAUGCAAAGACAUGGGACGAGCUUCAUCCUCCGCACAGCGUUUCCGUGACGUUCCCACACCAAAUUUCGACUGAGAGGAAAAAUCCUAUUAUUGAGCCUUUCAAAGUCAACUUCAACUUCAAUGUACCAGCUAUUACUGACAAUGCUCGCGACGGAUACCUACAACUCUUCGAAGCAGCCUGGAAUGGCGAUAUUGAUACCAUCAAAUCGUUGACACUGGGCAUGUGGGGAUCUCUCAAUGACCAAGCACCACUUGAGAUUGCUGUGACCGACCAGCAACACUUUUCUGCGCUUUCAAUUUCCAUCAUGCGUGGCCAUUUCGCCGUCGCUAGGGCCAUUCUUCAAAUUCUCCACGUCCAGUACAAGUUGAAGCAGCCCCAGGGUCGGAAGCGCUUUGAGAUCGAUAUCGAAUGCUCCGAUGGCUCUGAUGACUCGGAUGGAGAGAACGAAGGACUUAACAUUAUCAGUGAGAUUGUCGAUGAUACCUUCACCCACGAAAACAUCGGCGAAGUUGCCAGUGAUGUCAAGAGCAAUACUUCCCCUCUUGUUGCUUUCAAGGCACGGUUCAAUGCCUUCUUAUUUUUGGACGAAUACGAAGAUGAGAGUUCUUGGAACAAGAGAGAAAAGUCUGCCAAUGUUUACAGCUUCUUGGAAUAUGCUGUUUACACAAACAACAUUUCUCUUUUAGAAUUCCUCCUGAAGACUGGACUGGAUCUUGCUCGCACCAACCCAGCCGGAAAGUGUGAGUUCUCGGUAGAGUUCGACGUAUUCAAGCUUGCAAUUUCGCUUGGACGUACCGAUUGUCUUGCCAAAAUGAUUCAAAGUGCCGGAGUUGGCCUCCCACUUACAAAAUUGAGCGAUGACUGUGGUGUUGAGGAGAAGAAAGAGCCUGAGUACUACCCUGGGUUGUCGAUUCGUGGCAUCAAGCGUGCCGAUUGGGCUAAUGCUGGUUUGGGGGAACCGAUGAAAGCCCAGGGACAGCGUCCUCCCCUUCUUGUCGCUGCUCGUCGGGGUAAUCUGGCUGCUACGGAGUUCUUCCUUGGUACCGCGCCUGCUCGCUAUUACCUGGAGUAUCUUAAUGCGAACCAGGAUGAUGAGAGAGUCAAACGAUUGACUCAAUCCAAGCUCGGACUCGAGGGAACGCUUUUAAGCUGGUUACAAGCAAGUAACAACCUUGUCCUCCACUGCGCAAUCAUGUGCGACCCAAAUGACGAAAGCAUUCGACUGGUUCAGUAUCUUGUGGACCACCACCCUGAAUGCUUGGAGGUCCGAUCGACAGAAGGACUGACGCCUCUCGCCUUGGCCAUGUCCCUCCACAAGGUCCGCUUUGCCCGAAUUUUGGUAGAAGCCGGAGCCAACCAGGCUGUCCGCGAUAGAGAAGCGCGCAAUCUUCUCCACCUGAUCCUCGUAUCCGACAGAGGUCGAGUCUGUAAGAACUCCAACCGAUUCAACAGGCUCCUAGACCUACUGGAUAAGCAACUCUACCCGACAAUGCUCAUGGAGCGCGCCGGUGAGGGUUCAAGAACGCCCUUUGCACGAUGGCUUGACGCCUACUCCUACUUUACGCCAGCGGAUCCGGCCAUCCCUCGCCCCCCUAAUAGUGGCCAGACUGAUGAUGAGAUAAUAACCUCCAUGACGAACCUCAUUCUGGACCUAGCCAACUCCACGGACCAAAAGCAUCUCGAACUCUUUGACGAAGCUGGAAACACCCCGGUGCAUAAUGCGAUCAAGAAGGCCUUCCCCCAAGUCCUUAGAUUACUCCUCGAUCGUCGUCCUGACAUGCUAAAUCGGGAGAAUGCUACUGGCACGACUCCUCUUGAAAUGACCGUUGAUGCUUGGGUCAACAAGAGUACCUCUGGGCCGCCUGUUAGUCCUCCCGGAUGGCCCUCUAGCCACCCAGAGUGGCAGAAUGCUGUUAAGCGUGAGCCCCGAUUCUUCCUUCCCGGUAUCAGGCUCGAGUACGACCACGUGAAAGAUAUGCUUCGGGUUUGUCAGGAACGGGCUCAGCAACGGCCAGGAAAGAGAAGACUUGUUAGUCUGUUUGAGGCGAAUGAGGUCGCAAAGAGAUUAGCGGUGGCGGGACGGACCGCUGGUCGGAAUGGUAGCUCUGAAGAUGAUAACGAGUAUGUGGCUAAUGAUGAGCCUAAAGUGUGGGGAAGCGUGGCUGCUCAUUUGUAG